CAAAGGCAAUCAUUUAACCAAUAAAAAAUGAUUAUUUUCUCACCUUUAAAUUCUAAGUAACUCUUCUUAUUUUCAAGUUGUGUUUUUUCUAAUCAAACAGCCAUGAAAUACUACUAUUAUUAUUACCACUACUUUGUUAUUGUUUUGAUCAUAAGAGUCAACUUAAUCUAUGGUCAACAAUAUUAUGACCCAAAUGAUUGUUCUUCAAAUGUAACCAAUCAAGGUACAAGAUAUACAUGUAAUCAUUUAUCUCAAGAUUCAUGCAAAACAUUUCUUGUGUAUAGAGCUAACCAAAAAUUUCAGGCAAUUUCAACAAUCUCAGCUUUGUUUAAUCUCAACACUAAUGAUUUACUUCACUUAAACAAUCUCACAUCUUCAUUUGAGUCACUCAAAACAGGUAGAGAUGUUCUUAUUCCCAUAAAUUGUUCUUGUUUGGGUCAAUUUUUUCAGUCAAAUUUUAGCUACACACCUCUUCAAAACACAUCACUAAUAGAAAUUGCUUGUGGGGUUUUUAAUGGGUUAGUGAAAAGGAUUACUCUUUACUUAGAAAAUCCAUUUGGAACAAGAAAUUAUGUCAAAGCUGGUUCAAAUAUUCACUUGCCAUUAAAUUGUGCUUGUCCUGAUAAUUUGACUAGUCUUAAGGGAAUAAAGUAUUUGGUAACAUACCCUUUAAUUGAAGGUGAUAAAACAAGUGAUUUGAUUAGGAAAUUUGGUGUUUCACUUAAUGAUUUAUCUGAAAUUAAUCAUUUGGGAAAUGGAGAGCCAACUAUUUUUACAAGUACAACUAUUUUAGUUCCUUUAAGAGUUGAUUCAAUCAUAAAUUUAAGUAUCCCAAGUUUCACACAUGGACCAUCCCCACCUCCUAAUUUUCUUCCAAUUUCAAAAAAACCAAUGAAAAGUUCAAUACAAAGGAAGGUGUUGUUUAUAGUUGGAUGUGUUAUUGGGAUAUUUCUACUACUUUUGUUAUUGGUAACUUGUGCUAUUUAUUAUAUAAGAGCCUUUAUGAAAAUGAAGAAAGGGAAUAAUAACAACACCAAGUACCAUUCCUUCACUACUCCAAUCUCUUCUUCUACUUGUUUAUCUCCUGAUUUUCUUGUUGGGAUAAAAUUUUCUUUGUUAAGUUAUAGUAUGGAAGAGAUUAAGAGGGCUACAAGGGAUUUUUGUGAAGAGAAUAAGGUUUGUUCUCAAGUCUACAAAGGUAACAUGGAUGAUCAUAAUGUUAAUGUGAUUGUUAAGAAGAUGAGAUUUGAAGAAACUCGCCCUGUUAUUGAUCUACACUCGAAAAUCAAUCACAUCAACAUUGUUAAGUUACUUGGUGUUUGUUAUGGAGAAAGUGAUGAUGAUUUUUCAUGGUGUUAUGUUGUGUUUGAGUACCCUACAAAAGGGUGUUUAAGAGAUUGUUUAACUAAUCAAACAACUCCUCUUAAAUGGCAUCAAAGGACACAAAUCGCCUUUGAUAUAGCUACCGGUCUUCAUUACUUAAACUUUUGUACAUUUCCUUCUUAUGCUCAUAUGAAUUUGCAUAGUAGAAACAUUUUUGUUACAUCAAAUUGUAGAGCAAAGCUUGGUGACAUAGGUUCAACUCCUUUUGGUGCAUCUUCUAAGGGAAAUUAUUGCAACAACCGAAGUGUUCGGGCCCCAGAGUACCUUCCACAGAGCUUGGAAUCAGAUAAGAUUGACAUAUUUGCAUUUGGGACUGUUCUUCUUGAGCUCAUUUCAGGUAGAGAGUGUUGUGAGGAGAAAUCAUUUAGAGAAUCCAUUAGAUUCUUGGGAGGUAGUGGAGAUAGUAGUGAUAAUAGUGAAGGUGGUUGCUUUGAACAACUCAAGUGUUUCAUGGAUCCAUCUCUUAAACAUGAUUAUUCUCUUGCUGAAACUUUGUGUUUGGCUGUUUUAGCCAAGGCUUGUGUGGAAGAUGACCCUUUACAUAGGCCAUCUAUGGAGGAUAUCAUCAAAGUUCUUGCAAGAAUGGUGUAUUCAUUCUAGUAAUGUAAAAAAAAGUUACUAGUAACUAGUUACUCAUUCAUCAUUGUAACUUAAUUAAACAUAUAUGAAUACAUGUAUAUGAUUUCAAGAAG